CUAAGUUGCAGUAGAGUAAUAUCUGAUAAUUAUUGGUAAUGUAAAAAAAAAAUCAAUUGGACAUGAGUUUUUUUUUUUAAUCUUUUAUAUGAAACCACAUCUGAGGUUGUGCAAUGAUGACUGGAUUGGCUGCAUUGUGUUUUCUGCUUCUGCUAACCCGAGCAUCAGGGUUUGGUUUAAGCAGCGGAGACUCUAUGAGUCAUCAGGACAUUACUGAGAGAGCAAUCUUAAAUACCACUGCACAGACAUGCCGCGCCCUGGCCCUGGCAGAGGACAAAGACUUCACUUUUCCUUCUCUGACCAUUGAGUCUGUUGCUGUUGCCUGUGAAGCAUCAAAAUCAUCCAAGAGCCUCCGCAAAACCAUCCGAUUAAUUCAGAAAAUGAAUAAACGAGUAGACCUGCUGCGUUUCGCCCAAUCGAGCUAUCACAUGGACAAUGAACUUAUUUUAGAGGGAAGAAGACUCAUCACAGAUGGACUAUCAGUUGUGAAAGCCAGCAACAAGGAACAGAACUUUAAGCCUGCAAGAGAAAGAUUGGGACAAAUCUUACACACUCUACAGGAUUUCUACAGUCAUAGUAACUGGGUGGAAAUUGGACACAAACUCCCAAACUCCAACCUGAUCAGAGCAGACACUAUCAUUAACAUAGCAGCUAAAGACAGAGCAACUUGUCGCAACUGUGUUGGAAACAACUGCAGAAACAACAUUUUGGAGGACAUCCUCAGUGAAAAUGUACUUACCACAGGAUAUUUUGCUUUGGUGUUUUCCUCCAAACCACAAGGAAAAUGCAGCCAUGGAGACGACUAUGAUCGAACACGUGACACUGAACCGAUAGGUGGGAUCAAUAAAGACACUGUGAACUCCAGCCACGGACACCGACACAAGGAAGCAGCACAGCUGGCGAUAGCUGCAACCAGUGAGCUUCUGGAGGACAUUCGAGCGGCUGCUGGUGACAGACCAUUCCUACAGUUGAUGGGGAUCUCCACAGGUAAAGCACUUUGUUUUGUGAUUGACACGACGGGAAGCAUGAGUGAUGACAUCGCAACAGUGAGGACGGUCACUUCCUCUAUAAUCGACAGUAAAGUGGGAACAGAAGAUGAACCCUCAGUUUACAUUCUCGUACCUUUCAAUGAUCCAGAUUUUGGGCCACUGACAAAGACCACAGACCCCGAAGUCUUCAGGAAUGCUGUUAAUUCACUAACAGCAUCUGGUGGAGGAGACUUUCCCGAAAAGAGUCUUUCAGGGCUUCAGCUGGCACUUACUGGUGCGCCUUCUAAUUCUGAGAUCUUCGUCUUCACUGAUGCUUCUGCUAAAGACUCACACCUGAGAGACACAGUGAUAGCGCUCAUCGAGCAGACCAAGUCAGUGGUGAACUUCAUGAUAACAGCCGUUCUGGGAUUUCGUCGUCGAAGACAGAGUGAUGGUGGCCAACAAAAUCACAUUCGGAUGACUUCAUCAGACGCCCAGCUGUACGAAAACAUUUCCCAGAUUUCGGGAGGUCUGGCUAUUGAGGUCACAAAGGACCAGCUCCUUGCAGCCACCAGCAUCAUAACACAGUCGUCCAGCUCCUCCCUGGUGACCCUCCUGCAGGCAUCGAGGAGUCCAGCAAAGGCAGAAAAUUUCACCUUCACAGUUGACGAGUCAGUAAGAAACCUCACAGUGUACAUCACUGGGCGCUCUGUCUCCUUCACCCUCAUCAGUCCCUCAGGUGUGUCUCAAAGAACCAGCAUGACAGGCUCACUGAUCACCACCUCCGAGUCUGUGGGGAACUUCCAGACUCUGCAGCUUAAAACAGAGACUGGACAGUGGGAAAUUAAAAUGGCAUCUGCAAAUCCUUACAUUCUGAAGGUUGUAGCUGAGAGUCCUAUAGACUUCCUGUUUGAGUUCUUGGAGGAAUCACAGGGCCCGUUUGGAGGUUUCGAUGUCGUAGACAAUCGUCCCAGAGCAGGUGUAAAUGGUAGCCUGAUGGUGACGGUAACCGGCAGUGAAUCUGCCACAGUAACAGAAGUCAUUUUGGUUGAAUCGUCAGAGUCAGCGGAGGUUAAAGGCAAAGUGGAGGCUCAGGGUAAACAAGACUUCUUAGCUCAGUUUGACAGGAUACCAGCAACAGAGUUUGUGGUGCUUGUGAAGGGACAGACAAGCAACAGUUCCUCCAAAUCGUCCUCACAGACUUUUCAAAGGCAGUCCCUCACCAGCUUCAGAGCAUCUGCUGUGACUGUGAAUUUUCCUGAUUCAAACACUGUCUUGGAACCAGGAACAACACAGGCAGUUCCUUUCACUGUGAUGACAAGCGGUGCAGGAGGAACCUUCACUAUUCAAGCUACCAAUGACCAAGGUUUUACUUUAAUUUUCCCAUCCAGUUUAACUCUGGAAACUGGAGGCAGUGCUAACGGUACAGUGAACAUCACAGCACCUCCCAGUACCCCGUCUGGUACUGUCGUCACUCUCACUGUUUUGGCUGAGGCUUCAAGAGGUGCAGACACCAACUACGUUGUGCAGAGUUUCACUGUCCUUGAAAGGGUGACUGAUUUCACUAAGUCAGAGUGUGAGCUGCUCAGCCUGCAGUCCAACUGCUCUGAUGACUGCUUCUUAUCGAUGUGGGAGCUCUCCGUCCAGGUGACUGAUGGUGCUAACGGGACAGGUGUUGACCGUAUUACCCUCAGACAGGGCAACGGGACCCUAAACACCAGUCGUCUGGCUGCUGGCAACGAGAGCAUAACACUGGUGUCCUACAGUGCGUCUUGCUGUUCACCUGAUGUGGAGCUGCUGGCUGUGGAUCGAGUAGGUAAUGUAGCCUCUUGUUUCUACAGCGUCCGAGAAACAGUCACUACCACCUCACAGCCCGUGGCCGUCCCUACAACCACCGACAGUCAGCGUCCAACAACAGCAGCUGGUGUGUCUUUGUCUACCAGAGCUGUCCAGCCUUUUCUUCUUUGCCUCAGCAUCACAAUCCUAGGGUUUAAUUUACUAUUUUAAAUUAGGGUCAUUUGAAUGUUUGAACGUAACAUUCUAAAAUUUUAUUUGGCUUUGGAAAAUUUUCACGUACAUACCAAAUACUGUACAUGCUUUGUUGCCGGUUUAUUAGUACAUUUAGGUGAAAAUAUUGCUAUUUGAUACCAUUGGUGGAAUGAGUACUGAGUACAUUUACUUAAGUACUGUACUUAAGUAUGAAUUUAAGGUACUUUAUACUUAAGUUGAGUAUUUUAUUUUAUGCCACUUUAUAUUUUUAUACCAGUACAUUUUAGACGGAAAUAUUGUACUUUUUACUUUACUAAAUUUAUCUGACAGCUUUAGUUGCUUUACAAAUGAAGAUUUUUAAAUAACAAUCAUAAGAAGCUAGAAAAGAGGAAUAUCACAUAGAAUCUAUAUCAUAUUUUGUGCCAAAGACGGCCAGAACAUGACACAUGAGCUAGACCUGGGCAGCUGUGGCUCAGGUGAUAGAGCGGGCUGUCUAAGGUUUGCGGUUUGACCCCUGGCUCCUCCUGUCAACAUGUUGCAGUGUCCUCGGGCAAGAUACUUCACUCCAAAUUGUUCCAGAUGGCUGUUCCAUUGGUGUUUGAAUACAUUUGAAUGGUUAAAAACUGACUAGUAGGUGGCAUUUUGUAGCCUCGGCCACGAGUAUGAAUGUGUGUGAAUGGUUGAAUGCGACUCGUAGUGUAAAAGUGCUUUGAGUAUUCAAAUGACUAGAAAAGCACUAAACAAGUGCAGGUCCAUUUAUCAUUUACCACGGACAUUGCCAUUGUAAAAUUGAAUAUACCAACCUUCACCAUAACUUUACCACAGUAUGUUUUUGUACACAAAGGAUAUGUCAUUUAGGAAGGUUUCAGUUAACUUUAUGGUAGUUUUGGAGGCUGAAGUUUCUUGUGUUGUUGAAUUGUACUGCGUUAUACUCUGAGUUGUUUCUGAUAUUUUGUCUAGCCAAAUGGAUUUAGUCAAGUAAAACUAUUAAUCUGGCAACUGAUUGUAUGUUUAGCUCAGGGAUUAAUUCUGUAAAAUUAAUCUUAGAAUCUUUAAGCUUUACAGUAUUAACCACAUGUAUUGUGUGUACUACAGGGUGCUUGGUGGCAUUGUAAAGUUUUAUAUAAAAGCUUAAUGGGGUGUUAUAUAUGUUAUGAUUAAAACAUAGACCAUGUAAACAUGUCAAUUUAAUUAUGAUACUUAAUUCAAUGAUGAUUCAUUUCUAUCUUUAGUAGUACUGAUAGUAAGUUGUGGGACGUAUUGUUGUUCAAGUGUCUAAAUUUAAGUGACUUAAAAAACUUGAGUUAUCAGGGUUGUAUUAGUAUCUAAGGCUUUCUUCUUAUAUAAUUGAUUAGAAAAGAAAACAUAAAUUAUGACUCAAUAAAGCUGAAAAAAAAAUUCGACUGACCAUUGUGGUCCUUUUGGUAGAAAGGUGUAUUGCAGGUCUAUUCAACAGGCCACCAUCCAUUCUGCUGACAAAUAAACAAACUUUAAACCCGCCCCAAAAAAGUCACACAAAUAACUGACAUUUUGUCACAAUAAAUACUUUAAACAAGAGCAGAGCACACCUGUGCACCUGGCCUUCAUAAAGAAGGCCUAUUUAUCGUUUCUUAGUUUGUUUAUGAUAAGGCUACUUUUGCAAUGGUGCAAAAUAAAA